AUGGCGGUGACCCGAUGGGGGCUUCUGCUUGGCCUGGCCUUCUUGGCCUCGCCGGCCCUUGCAGUGGAUUGCACGGGCAACUUUGAAGAAAGCAAUGGUCAGGGCGGCUGCCAGUGCAUGUCGGGCUUUGCUUAUCGUGCCGGCGUCUGCACCAUCACCAACGAAAUUGUCACGGAAGCCAACAAAAUCGUGCUCAAGGCUGCAGACGUAGUGCUGCGCGCCCCAAACAGCGGCAGGACCUCAGUCAUGGACACCAGCAUCGCCGAGUCCCUCAGGACCCUCGGCGACGCGAGCUCCAACAGCGCCACGCGCCUCGACACGAUUGAAUCAUCCUACGUGACCCUCGAUACAGUCCGCGCGCUGGAGCAGAGCUUGCAUGACCUGUCCAACCUCAGCGAAUCCUUUGUCGAUGAAGUGCUUCUUGAGAGCCUCGUUCCGCGCAUCGCCACCAACGAGAUGGAAGACGUCGUCUGCCAAAACAGCUCCGACCUCCGCGUCAUUCGCUACCACCUCUUUGGUCGCCACCUCGAGUACUGCGACCAGUGGCGCGACACCUUUUACUGGCAUCAGAUGGGCCUUCCCGUUCGCUGCCGAUAUGGCAACGCUUCGUCUGGCGUGUGCCAUGCUUGCAUUGAAGGGUACGUCACGGCUCGUGGUGGCAAGUCGUGCGUCCUGCAAGGCGAUCUGCUCCACCUGGCCUUUGAUGACAACCUCUUUGACCAAUCUGAGCUGGGCCGCGACGCUCGCUUCUUCGGCGUCAGCAACGACUACACCUUUGGCAACAACGCCUACGCCUCUGCCGAUUCCACUCCCUACCUUCGUCUUAACGGCAACGGUGAACACAUUCGCGUCGAGCCCCUCACUUUUGGUGGUGACAUGUCGAUCUGCGUCGACGUGUACUACGAGGAGACACGGUGGUGGUCCCGCAUCCUGGACUUUAGCGCCAGCGCCGAGGGGUCGCGCGAGUCGGCCAACUUCAACAUUAUCCUCUCCAACGUCGAAACCUCCAGCCGUUUCAAUUUUGAGAUCUACGAUGGCCCGGAUUCAGUGGUCCAGAUUCAAGUCGCCGAUCUGCUCAAUGUCGCCUACCACCAGUGGGCCCAGUUGUGUGUAACCGCCAACGGUGGUACCUACACGGCCUACGCCAACGGCAACGUCACCUCGAUCCAAUCUGGUCCCCCCGUCCCAUGGGUGCGCCGUUUUGCCAACUACGUGGGUCGGUCCAACUGGCCUGGAGAUGCCGACUUUCACGGGUACAUGGACAACCUGCGUAUCUUCUCCCGCGCGCUGAGCACGACCGACAUUGCCGAGAUGUACGCAGACACACGGUUCCCCGCUCCCAAGGAUGACUAUCUCUUUGCUCGGUACGAGUUUGAGGGCAACGCCCUGGAUAGCAGUGGCAACGGCAACGACGCCACGCCCUUCAACCAUCUUCCCUUCAAUGCCUACCAGCGCCGCGCCCCUCAAGGCCGGUACGCUAUGCAGUUUGACGGCGAGGAUGACUACAUUGUCAUGCCGGCGCUCAGCUUUGACAACGCCUUUGGUUUUUGCUUUCACAUUCGCUGGUACGACCUCGACUUUUGGAGUCGAGUUCUCGACAUCCACAACGCCGCCGGCGAUGGCAUCCUCCUGGCCCACAUUGCCAACAGCGAAACCCUUCAACUGGCCGUGCAGUUUCCCGACGACACUCCUCAAUCAACUUUGGAGGUGGUGGACGGCUGGGCGCUUGCCCGUGGGGCCUAUCAGCAUUACUGCUUUAGCAUGACCAACAACACCAUGGCCGUGUAUCGUCAGGGCCGCCUCUUGCUUAGUCAGAGCGACAAGAACCCCAUUGGCUCGCGCUCCUACGCCAACGCCUUUAUCGGCAAAUCGGCGUACGACGCCGACGCCACGCUGGGCGCUGAGGUUGAUGAUCUCCACAUCUUCAAGCGCGGGGUGGCCAUUGAGGACGUGCAGCGCAUUCUGUGCGACGGCAAAGCCACUCUGGAUUGCGUUGGUCUGCUGGGUCACUGGAAGUUUGAUGGCAACGUGCUGGACAGCAGCAACAACCAGUGGCACGGCGAGUUGGUGCCCGUCAACCAGCAGGUUGGCUCGCAUUUCAUCUCGGACGAUGCCAAGCAGGGCACAGCCGCACUCAGCUUUACCGGCAACAACAGCUACGUGCAGUUGCCUGCUCGUCGCCUGGGCGGUGCGAAUGACGUGACGUUUUGCGUCUGGGCCAAGUUUGGCAACGCUGACGAAUGGGAACGCGUGUUUGACUUUGGCGAUGGCGACAACACCAACCGCGUUUACUUGGCGCGCUCGAGCACCAACGAGGAAAUCAUUUUUGAUGUCCGCCAGGGCAACGGCAACAACGACGUUCGUGGUCCCCUCCCGUCCUCAUCCGACUAUGUGCACAUUUGUGCCAGCAUUGACAGCGAUGGUGGACAUCUCUAUGUCAACGGCGGGCUGAUCCAAGACAACAACGCUGUUCCUCGCCUGAACCUCGGCGAUUUUACCCACAACUUUGUGGGCAAGUCUCUCUUUGAUUGGGAUGCAUCGACAGAAGGCGUCAUGGACGACCUCCGCAUGUACGGCUAUGCGCUCUCCGCCUCCGAGAUCAAGAACCUUUACAACAUGUACAAGUAA